CGCGAGGGGGUUGUCGGGAUGGGGGCCGGCGCCAACAUGGAGCCUUCAAUGGGAUGAGGGUGAAGCUGCCGUUGCCGGCUGCUCCUGUGUUCACGUCCCAUCAUGUUGGUGCACUUAUUUCGGGUCGGAAUUCGGGGUGGCCCUGUCCCAGGCAGGCUGAUACUACCCCUCCGCUUCCAGACAUUCGCGGCCGUCAGGUGCUCUGAUGGCCGCCACAGCUCCUACCUCCUCAGGGCUGUGGCCCAGCUGCGCUCCCAGCUCCGGGCUCACCUCCUUCGAGCGCCUCCAGCUCCCAGCCAAAGACCCUCUGCCUGGCGCUGGGUUGGGGGCAUCCUUGUGGGCCCCGUGCUGUUGAGUAAGUGCCCCCGCCUCUGCCUUGUGGCGCUGUGUGAAGCAGAAGAGGCCCCUCCUGCCUGCUCCAGACCUUGUGUCGGGGAUUCCCGCUUUAACUGGAAGCUCUUCUGGCAGUUUCUGCGCCCCCACCUGCUGGUCCUGGCGGCAGCCAUCGUGCUGGCACUAGGUGCAGCCCUGGUGAAUGUGCAGAUCCCCCUGCUCCUGGGCCAGCUGGUGGAGAUUGUGGCCAAGUACACAAGGGACCAUGUGGGCAGCUUCCUGACUGAGUCCCGGAAUCUCAGCACCUACCUGCUCAUCCUCUAUGGCAUUCAGGGCCUGCUGACCUUCGGGUACCUGGUAUUGCUGUCCCGCAUCGGCGAGCGCAUGGCCGUGGACAUGCGGAGGGCCCUCUUCAGCAACCUGCUUCGACAAGAUAUUGCUUUCUUCGAUGCUAAAAAGACCGGGCAGCUGGUGAGCCGACUGACAGCUGAUGUGCAAGAGUUUAAAUCAUCUUUCAAACUCGUCAUCUCCCAGGGACUGCGAAGCUGCACCCAGGUGGCUGGCUGCCUGGUGUCCCUGUCUAUGCUGUCCCCCCGCCUCACGCUGCUGCUGAUGGUGGCCACACCCAUUCUUAUGGGAGUUGGCACCCUAAUGGGCUCAGCUCUCCGAAAGUUGUCUCGCCAGUGUCAGGAGCAGAUUGCAAGGGCGACAGGCGUAGCAGAUGAGGCCCUGGGCAACGUUCGGACCGUGCGGGCCUUCGCCAUGGAGCAUCGGGAAGAGGAAUGCUACGGAGCAGAGCUGGAGAGGUCCCGCUGUAAGGCAGAGGAGCUGGGCAGGGGCAUCGCCUUGUUCCAGGGGCUCUCCAACAUUGCCUUCAACUGCAUGGUCUUAGGCACUCUGUUUAUUGGGGGCUCCCUCGUGGCUGGACAGGAGCUGACAGGGGGAGACCUCAUGUCCUUCCUGGUGGCCUCCCAGACGGUGCAGAGGUCCAUGGCCAACCUCUCUGUCCUGUUCGGCCAGGUGAGUGGCAGUCGGGGCGGGCCCCGUGGUGUGGACAUCGGAUCUGGGCUGGAGUCCUGUCAGCAACCAGCAUCACCUGUGUGCUGCAGGAACCAGGUGGUGCGGGGGCUCAGUGCGGGUGCCCGGGUGUUUGAGUACAUGACUCUGAGCCCGUGCAUUCCGCUGGCUGGGGGCUGCUGCAUCCCCAGAGAGCACCUGCGCGGGGCCGUCACGUUCCACAACGUCUGCUUCAGUUACCCCUGCCGCCCUGGCUUCCAGGUGCUCGAAGACUUCAGCCUCACGCUGCCCCCUGGCAAGAUCGUGGCCCUCGUGGGCCAGUCCGGCGGAGGAAAGACCACGGUGGCUUCCCUGCUCGAGCGCUUCUACGACCCCACGGCCGGCGUAGUGACCCUGGAUGGGCGGGACCUGCGAACCCUCGAUCCCUCCUGGCUCCGAGGCCAGGUCAUCGGCUUCAUCAGCCAGGAGCCAGUCCUGUUCGGAACGACGAUCAUGGAGAACAUCCGUUUUGGGAAGCUGGGUGCCUCGGAUGAAGAGGUUUACGCAGCUGCCCGGGAGGCCAAUGCCCACGAGUUCAUCACCAGCUUCCCCGAGGGCUACAACACCAUAGUCGGUGAGCGGGGUGCAACCCUGUCUGGUGGCCAGAAGCAGCGCCUAGCCAUUGCCCGUGCCCUCAUCAAGCAACCCACGGUGCUGAUCCUGGACGAGGCAACCAGCGCACUAGACUCAGAGUCCGAGCGGGUCGUGCAGGAGGCCCUGGACCGCGCCAGCACUGGCCGCACGGUGUUGGUCAUCGCACACCGGCUCAGCACCGUGCGUGGGGCCCACCACAUCGUCGUCAUGGCCCACGGCCAAGUCUGUGAGGUGGGAACCCAUGAAGAGCUCCUAAAGAAGGGUGGGCUCUAUGCGGAGCUCAUCCGGAGACAGGCCCUGGAUGUCCCAGCUCCCGAGAUGCCCAGAGGCCCCAGGAACCGCCACCCCAAGUCCUGAGAGCAGCUGUUUAAGGUCUGGUUGCUGCCGAACAUCGGCACCCAGGACUGGGGCUCGGCUCAGGGGAGCUCCCAGGGACCAAACACCCAGGAAGACCAGUGCGCUGGGGUGUGGGCUGCUGCUCCCCUGCUCACAGUGCAACCUGGGACUCUCGCUGAGCUGGAGGCGGGGAGGUCGGGACCACUCCCUCCACCCCCCGCCCCCGUUUCCCCCUCCUGCCUACCUCCCUCCUGCCAGAGCCAUGAGUCAUUAGGCUGCACAGAGGAGGCAGAGUCCCCAGGCCCCUAUUCUGUUCCCUCCCUCUGCCCAGAUCCUCCCAACCCCUCUCAGGAACCCUGCUAAGUAUCCCCCUACCUGAUAGCCUAAAGGCUUCCGGCCCCACCUCUGUACAAAUCAGGAGUUCACACUGGGGUUCCCCAUACCCGUGCCAGGACCUCACCGUCCUAGCUUGACUCCCCUCUGUCCUCCGUCCCCACUGCCUCUCUGAGCCCUGGGGGAAGCAACCCGCCCCUUGGGCCAGCCCCUCGAACCCACAGUCCCCAUCCUGAGAACAGCUUCCCCUCCUCCCUGCUCCGUGAAUAAUGGUCCUUUUUCUAGGUUUCAUCCCCCCCUCCCACUCCCGUCCAGCGGAACAAGUGCCCCACAUGCCUCCAGCCCGUGGGAAGGGGGAGAAGGGGCAGGGCAUGCCAUGGUCUGUUCCUCAAGGAGCUUCCGGCUCACCAAGCCAUCGCAGCCCUGCCCUGGCCCCGUGCACCUCGUCUCCGUCACCCUGUGAGAUUGUGGACAGCCCCCUUACACGAGGACACCCAACCCUGAAGGAGACUAAGGAGGAACCGACACACCCCAGGCUCCAGCCACAAGGGUUGUAUGGUGCUGGCGGUCACCAAACCUCUAGGGAGAAGUUGAUACUUUGCCCCCAGGCUGACAAAACACAAAAUCAGUUGGACAGGCAGUGCCCUGUGUCAGGGGCGGCAGCCGUACGUAGGACCAGCAGAGCCCGCUGUAGCCGGAGGCCAGCCUGGAAGAAGCAGCAGCGGCUCAGGUGUGAGUGCAGGAGGCCCCGCAGCCUCUUCUGGGUGUGGCUUAGGAGCAGAUGCUCCUCUGGGACAAAGCACCUGAAAUGUCCCCAGGCCACAGCCACCCAGGUUUGAUACCUGCUUCCUUACAGAUCAGAGGUCACUGCCGGGGCGGCCACAGCCCAGGGGGGCAGCGCGUGGGCUGGCUCUGGGUUGCUUUGCCGCUAAACGCCCACCCAGGAGGCACAGCCCAGAGCCAGCCUCCGCUCCCAGCCAGGUCCACGGCGGCCUGCCAGACCCCUCCCAGGGAGAGAGAGCAGACAAGCUCCUGCUCCCCCAGCUCCAGCCCCCCCAGAGACCCCUCCUGAUGCCAGACUCCGGUCUCUCCGGACCUCUUCAGGGCGGCCUCCAAAUCCCAGCUCCCCUACCCCCCAACCCAGGGAAGUAGUGAGGUCUGUGGUAGGCCUUGAGCCGGAAGGUUGUGCGGUCAGCCUCACGCUCGCCACGUGGCCUCAGCCUCAACCUUGGCCUCGGCGACUAUUCAACGUGGGUCAUAAGCCUGGCGGUACCUCAUCCUGAGAGUUUGUUAUAAGAGUUGAAAUGGGAUGAUCUGUGGUAAAGUACUUAAAACUCCCAGUGCCACAGCCUCGGGAGCUGGUCACGUGUACAAUAAACUGUUGUUCACUCCCUGCUUCCAA